UAAAGUGUAUAAAGCUGUAUCUGACCAUAAAAUACAAAUGACUUUCAAAAAGUGCAAAAUCACGUUGUUCUAAAACGCUUAUGAGUAUCCAUCGAUAAUCUUUUAACAAAAACUGUCUCAGUUAAUUAAUAAUUAUGACAAACUGUCUGCUAUGCAAUAUAUCUGAAUAAAACGUUCCGGAACAUUUUAUUCGCCCAGUUUCCGAGUCAAUUUUACGGAGCUGGCCGAUGAUGUCACGCAUGCGCCGCGCGCUAUCUUACAAACAACAAUGGCGUCUCCCAUGAAAAAGAUUAAAAUUGGACCUGGGCGACCUAAAGUGUCCGAUUCUGCUAAAAAGAGAAAACGACAGGCCAGCAAUGUACAGAAAAGUAAAGCCUCUGUAUAUCUAGGAGUUGAAAUAGACCGCUGGUUGAGUUUGAAAGCAGAUCUUCGGCUGAAAACACAUCCUGAACUUGCCAAAACAUUGAUUGAUGCAUACAUGAAAUAUGUAGUGCCCACUCAACAAGACAUGCCAGGGCCUUCAGCACAACAGUUAGACCCAGUACCAUCAGCACAUCAAGUGGAUCCAAUACCAUCAGCACAUCAAGUGGAUCCAAUACCAUCAGCACAUCAAGUGGAUCCAAUACCAUCAGCACAUCAAGUGGAUCCAAUACCAUCAGCACAUCAAGUGGAUCCAAUACCAUCAGCACAAAUGGAUCAAGGAUUAUCUACACAACAAAGAGAUGCAGGUCCCUCACUGGUGUCUACUCCAUACAGACAACCCCAAACCACUAAGGAAUGUGCUAGUGAAUCAUCAGGAUCAGACUCAAUGAAAUCAUUACCAUCAGGAAUUGAUCCACUAAGCUCCAGUGACCUAGAUGAUGUGCGUUCAAGGUAAAUAUAAUUCAUUAUGAUAUUUUGGUACCAUGAAAGAAAUUUACAAAUAAUGCUAUUAUUGAAUAUAUAGACUGCUACUAAUAUUUACAUCGUUUGUUGGUAAUAACAAUGAAAAUAAAAGUUGAACCUGUUUUUCUUAUAUAUAUGAUUGGCAGAACAUGUCUGUAUAAUGUAG